CCGGAGCUGCCCUCCCUGGCCUCCCGCUCUCCAGCCCCGAUCCCGAGGCCGCGCAGCCCCGCUCGGGCGCCCGUCUGCCCCACCCCGCCCCAUGGCUUCUCCGGACGACCCUCUGCGCGCAGAUCAUACGGCAAAGGAGCCGGUGGAAGACACAGACCCUAGCACUUUAUCCUUUAACAUGUCAGACAAAUAUCCCAUUCAAGAUACGGGACUCCCUAAAGCUGAGGAAUGUGAUCCCAUUACGUUGAACUGCCCAACAGAUUCUGAUGUGCAACAUCAGGGAGAAGAAAAUGGCUUUCCAGACAGUACUGGAGAUCCCCUUUCAGAUAUAAGCAAAGGCGAGUCCUGCAAGGAGAACUGUACUUGUCCCGCCUGCUCGCUCCGGGCCCCGACCAUAAGUGACUUACUCAAUGAUCAGGACUUGCUUGACGUCAUCAGGAUAAAGCUGGAUCCAUGUCACCCGACAGUAAAAAACUGGAGGAAUUUUGCCAGCAAAUGGGGCAUGCCCUAUGAUGAACUGUGUUUCUUGGAGCAGAGGCCUCAGAGCCCCACCUUGGAGUUCUUGCUGCGGAACAGCCAGAGACCAGUGGGCCAACUGAUGGAGUUGUGCAGAUUCUACCACAGGGCUGACGUGGAGAAGGUCCUGCACAGGAUACAAGGAGGGGAUCCCAGCCUGACCAAUGUCCUGCUGACCGCUGCCUGGCCAGUGCCACAGAAAGUCCCUCCCCUCUCCGUGCUGCUGGGGAACUCCAUCUUUGCACAGUACCCUCCUAACCAUCUCCAUCCUGGCAGACUCGUCACCCUGGCUCAGCACCAGGCUGCAGAGGCUCUGACAGGGUAGAAGCAGUGGGGAGAGCCCAGAGGGAGGGAGACGGGAGGGAAAAGCCCUUUGGCUCCCUUUCCUCAGCUGGCUCCUCCCUCCUCCCCGCCUCUAGGCCUACCCCUGCCCCCCAGACAGAGACCCACAACAACAGGUGAUCCCUGCAGCCCCAUGCCCAGCCAUCAUUCCCAUGGUGGGGAGGGCGGGGAGGUCUCCCUUAUUUCCAGAGAAUUCCUCUGCCUCCAGCUCACAGAGAACAGAGGUGCAAUGGGAAGAAAGAGCAACCCGAGGGAGGAGAGGAUUGGAAUAAUACCACCCCACUACCCUGCCCUCC